UAUGAGUGGAGAAAAUGAAAUACAAGAAGAGAGAAAUAAUGAAGAAUAGUAUAGAAAUUGGAAAUAAAACAUUCCAUUUAUGUAUGAAAUCUGCAUCAAUCAUCAAAACAACUGGCCAUCCUUAACAGUUUGUUGGUUGAAUGAACUUGAAAUGUCUUUUGCAUUAUUAUCAUAGUGAUCAAAAUGACAAUGAACUACAUAGAUUAGUAGUUGCCACUUAGACCAAUAAUUAAGAAUAGGACUAUAUAAAAUUGCUUAAAGUUGCUACUCCUAAGCAAAUAAAUGAAUAAUUAGAUUACACAUUGUUAAAUAACAUUUGUAUCUAUAAUUAAAUAUCUAAAGGGAAAACAUAAGCAGUGGGUAAAGUAUAAGAAGAAUUGUAAAUUCCAGUAGAAGUUGAAAUUAAUCGAAUUCGAUAAUCACCUAAUGAUCAAUAUAUUUUAGCAGCUUAAGCAGGAGAUGGUGAAGUUGGUACCAAUUUAAUUUAUAUUUAUAGGCAUAUAUGACUUAAGUAGAUAAUCCAAAGUGUAAGCUUUAAAAGGAUAGAUGAAAGAAGGUUAUGGAUUAUCUUGGAAUCUUUAUAAUUAUGGAUAAUUAUUAUCUGCUAGUUAUGAUCAUAAAAUAUAUCAUUGGGAUUCUUUUACAGGAUAAUUGAUAAAGUAAUACAAUUUUCAUUCAGCUGAAGUUGAAGAUAUUUGUUGGCAUCCUCAAGAUCCAAAUAUAUUUAUAUCAUGUUCUGAUGAUAAAACAUUUGCUAUGUAAAAUUAUAUUAAUAUUAUAAUCUAGUUGUGAUAUUCGAACAAAUCAAGGAGUUACAAUAUAAUAAGAAGCACAUUCAUAAGAAAUUAAUUGUGCACAAUUUAAUCAUUUCUAAUCUAAUUUAUUCGCAACUGGUUCCAAUGAUGCUUAAAUUAAAAUGUUUGAUAUCAAUAAACCAGAGGAAGAUAUCCAUACAUUUUCAAAUCAUGAAGAUGCCAUUUAUAGUCUAUAAUGGUCUCCUCAUUAAAGAAAUUUACUUGCAUCUGGUUCUGUUGAUACUAAAAUUGUUGUUUGGGAUUAUUAUAAAAUUGGAAAUGAAAUUAAAGCUGAAGAUGAAAAAGAUGGUCCAUCUGAAUUAUUGGUAUAUAUAUAUAAUUAUAUUAAUUAGUUUUAUCAUGGAGGACAUAGAUCUAAAGUAAAUGAUUUAUCUUGGAAUAUUAAUCAUAAAAAUUUAUUUGCAAGUGUAGAAUAAGAGAAAAAUAUACUUUAAAUUUGGAAGAUUUAACCAUAAUUAUGGGAAGAAGAUGAAAAUGAUGAAUAUAUCAAAUCUCUAGUUUGA